CUCUCUCUCUCUCUCUCUCUCUCUCUCUCCACCGUCGCGGCGACGUUGAAGCUGGGAGAGAUCGAUGUGGUUCCUCUGCGUCUUCUACCACAGGCUCCUGGACUACAGGCGCCCGGAGGUGGAGGCGCUCGCGGAGCUCUUCGGCGCCUUCGGCGGCGGCGGCGGCGGCGGCAACGGCGGCGGCGAGGGUGGAGGAGGAGGUGGAUGGGAAGCGAACCCUAGAAAAUGGUCGCUGGAGUGGAAGCUCCCGGAGAACCACCACGUCGACUCCCCCUUCCACUUCGUCUCGCUCCCCUCAGAGGAGAUCGCGCGGAAUAUCGCCAAUCGGAGUAUACUUGUUAAGGGAAUAUACGAACUUUGGGGGCAGGGGAUUAACUAUGAAGAACUGGAAAAGGCUGUAAGAGAAUUUCCAGAUGAAAGGAAGCUGCCAUAUCUGACACCAGAGAGCACAUUCCGAAUUGUCGUGGACAGCUUUGGCAAAGUGAUUAGUUUCGAAGAACAAAACGAGCGGAUUCAAGGACUUAGUUACAUACCAUUUCAGGGGCGGGUCGAUUUGAAGAACCCUGAACACAAGUUUUGGCUCAUUGAAACCGAUGAUUAUGGGGCGAACAACGGACUCCCCCCAGUUGUUCAGAGGACAGUAUUUUUUGGUCGAGAGGUUGGGGCAGCUGAUAGGAAGCUUUUGCCUACAUAUCAGCUUAAGAGCCGUAAAUACUUGGGGCCCACGGCCAUGGACGCGGAAAUGGCCUUUAUCAUGGCCAAUCAAGGGUUAGCUCAAAAGGGAAAGCUUGUCUACGAUCCUUUUGUUGGCACUGGGAGUAUUCUCGUUGCUGCUGCACAUUUUGGAGCGAUGACGAUGGGUGCAGAUAUUGACAUAAGGGUUGUGCGCGAUGGGCGUGGGCCUGAUUGCAAUGUUUGGAGCAAUUUUAAGCAGGUAGUUCUUUGGCACAUUUUUUAGCAAUUUUAGAAAGUAAUGUCUUGUUCUUUCUUUUUUAUGUUAAAUUUUCUUUUUGAUUUUUGAUUUAAUUCCAACUCUCUUGCCAAGUGCCAAUUUCACUGGAUAUUAGCUUUUAUAUAUCACCUAUAUGUAGGAUGACACCUGUAGAUGACUGGCGAAAAUGUCGUUUAGAACACCUCUGAGAUUUCUAUAUCUGUUAUUUUAUUCAAAAAUGUUUAAUGAGAUAAGAUAACCAUCCCUUCCUAAUGAUUACGCACUAUGGGCGUGUUUGGUUCGAAGUCGGAGUCGGAAUCGGAAUCGGAAUCAAAAUAAGCUGGAAUCGGAAUCAGAAUGAUUCAUUAUCUAAUUCCGUUUGGUUCAUCACCUAAAUCGGAAUCGGAAUAAAUCAUUCCCAUUAUCGAUAUUUGGUUCAGAUGGAUAUAAAAACAUAAUCA